GUACAUUACGUUGAAGUACCUAGGUACCUAGGUAGGUAUAGGAAUACGCAUUUGUAAGCUGCCGGCAUAUGAAGUAUAGCUUUGCUUGUAGAGCAUUCUAAGUGAAUGAUGAGAUUGGCAUAACAUUCUCCGGACUAGGUAGCUUCUAGACCUUGGAACCCCUCAUUCCAUUCAUAAGAAGGCGAGCUUCCCUUUCCUUCAAUCGAUAUCUAGGUAGUAUCUUCUCUAUUUCAACAUCUCAUUUACCAUUGACACACUAACGACACGCAUAAAUACCUAUACAUACACUACAAAACAUUAACUCCAACCAUCAAUCUUAACUAUCCAAACCAUCCAAACCAUGACCUACGAACGCCAACGCGCAAUCGAAUCCUACGGCUGGACAUCCGUCCCCGCCUCUCUCUCCAAGCUCAUCCAAUCCUCCCCUUCAGCCUCUAACCCCGCUUCCGCGCUCCAACUAUCCGAUCUCCCCUUCCCUACAUCCCCCCUCGUAAAGAGCGUUCAGGAAUACGCACGUAGUGAAUUACCACAAGAAACCUUCCACCACUCUAUGCGCGUCUAUCACUACGGCGUCGCGAUUCUCACGCACGCAUUCCCAAACUGGACAUCGAUCAACCCUUCUAGUAAAUUUCUCGAAAGCUACGCGCUCACGGCGCUUCUGCACGAUAUCGGAACCGUGCCGAGACAUUUGCAGGAGACGCUUAUGAGUUUCGAUCUCUACGGGGGUUUUAUUGCAGAUGGGGUGUUGAGGGAUGCGGGGGCGGCGAGAGAACAGCGGGAGUUGGUUGUGGAGGGGAUUAUUCGACAUCAGGAUUUGGGAGAGGUGGGGACGCAGACGAGGGUUGGGGGGUUGGUGCAGUUGGCGACGGUGUUUGAUAAUAUGGGGCAGAAUGCGCAGUUGGUGCACGAGGGGACGAUUGAGAAUGUGGUGAGGGAGUGGCCGAGAUUGGGGUGGAGUAAAUGUUUUUCGCAUACCAUCGAGCAGGAGAAUGCUUUGAAACCAUGGGCUCAUUCGACACAUUUGGGAGUGAGAGAUUUCCCCGAUGGAGUGUUGGGGAAUAAGUUGAUGGAGAAGUGGGACUGAGAAUGCGGACGUGUGGGCAAGGGACGAGUAAGGGUGAGUAGUAUGAUGAUGGAUGAGAAAUUACAAGUGAAUGACCCAUGAAACAACGAGACGAAAGGAACGGAAAUGGCAAUCGGAAAGGAGCAAUGGCUUGGAAAAUUAAAUGAUAUCUACGGCGUGGAAUUACGAUUUCAAUGGCAAUACAGCAGCAAAAUAAAUCUAUCUUCCCUUACCAUCCCAAAUUCUCCCCAAUAUAUCUUCAAACCCCAAUCAAUCCAUCAACAAACCAAACAAGGCGUCGUGACGGAGUGGUUAACGUGAUUGACUAGAAAUCAAUUCCUUUCGGGGGCGCAUGUUCGAAUCAUGCCGACGUCGCUAUCUUUUUGCUCAUCGAUCAUUUCCAUCCAUCCAUACCACUGUAAUUUUUAUACCGGCUCCCAUCUCCCAACUCUCCAUUCAUCCAUCCACGCAUCUACACACUCAAAACAAACUAACCAAUCUCUCCACAUCAGUACAUAUUCUCUUUCGACCUCUUUCUUCAAUCACCUACCUACUUACCCAUCAAGCUUUUGUGGAUACCUACUAGGUAGCUAUGGAUAUAUCCCAUGUGUUUUAUUUGCUGUAUGCGGGCGGAUACCUACCUAGGUAUGUGGAUGAAGUGAGUGAGAAAAUGUGGAUUCGGCAGUGAAAACUUUAACGAGCGGUGGAAAUGAAGAUCCGUUAUAUGUAACUUACAUAUUAUGAUAUUACAUGUAGUUAUCAGGGGCCAAGCGAGAUCAGAUCGGAUCCACCGUUCAGUCCAGUCCUGGCAGGAGAGAUCAAAAAAUACAAAGUAUAGAAAAUUAUGUACUGUAUAUGUACGAGUACUCUUAUUGAUAUUUCAUGUCGGAUCAGAUUAUUAUUAUGAAAUCGAAUUGAGAGUUUGUAUAGAGAUGUAUUUAUAAGGGUUUAAUUAAUAUAGAUUGAUAACAACAU